CAGUUCUUUGUUGGUAUCCCUUAAAAAUGUAGAUUCCUUGUUUGUCAUCUGUUCUGUUGUCUUGUCAGGAGAUGUUUAUCCGUGUAUAAAGAAGACAUCCAGUAAAAAGACAGCUCUUUUAAGGAGUGGGAUGUAAUUUUAGCACAGUUGCCACAGAAAUGCCUAGGACCGAAUUCAGCCAUGGCUGUGCUGGGAGAUGUCUUGCUGGAUUUCAUGCUCUUUUGGGAGCCACUUGAAGAAAGCACCUGGCAGGCCUCUGCUAAUUGCAUCUGGGGAAGGAACAGAGGGAUGAGGACUCGCCUGGGCUGCCUGUCUCACAAAUCAGACUCAUAUAAUGAUUUCACAGCUAUUCUUCCGGACAAGCCCAACCGGGCUUUGAAAAGACUGUCAACAGAAGAAGCAACGAGAUGGGCAGAUUCUUUUGAUGUCCUUUUGUCCCAUAAAUAUGGGCUGGCUGCCUUCCGUGCUUUCCUGAAGACUGAGUUCAGUGAGGAGAACCUGGAGUUUUGGCUGGCCUGCGAAGACUUCAAGAAGACCCGCUCAGCAGCCAAGCUGGCUGCCAAGGCACAACGCAUCUUUGAGGAGUUCAUUGACGUUCAGGCUCCCCGUGAGGUGAACAUUGACUUCCAGACACGGGAGCUGACAAGGAGGAACAUGCAGGAGCCCUCCCUUUCCUGCUUUGACCAAGCCCAGGGAAAAGUGCACAGCCUGAUGGAAAAAGACUCAUACCCCAGGUUCCUGAGAUCCAAAAUCUACACAGACCUGCUGUCUCAAACCCAGAGGAGGCUCAGCUAGAACAGCAACGGAGCCCGUGUGCUUCCCACAACAGCAACAACCCAUCUCUAAGUGUUCCAUGGGGUUAAAGGCAGUGGGAAUGAGAGAGGAGGGAGGAAGGGAAGGGGAGUCUUCCGAAGUGUGACCCUCACAUGGUGUCAAGACUUUUUGAGUUUCUGUGCUUUUUUUUUGGUUAGCAGUAGCACCUUGCGGCAGUUGCACACGAUGCUAUCCUCUCUGGGCAUGGGGACUGAGGCUGUGGGGAGGGAGACAGAAGACAACGGCACAUGAGUCGUGCUGCUUCCCAGGGUGGAA